AAGCUGUCAGAAUGCAAAUCAAAGCCCUCAUCUUUGGCCUGGGGAACGUCCUAUGCUUCUGGUCACCCCCAUCCAAUAUCAACAUUCCACCCAACAUCCUGAAAUGCAUCAUGUCUUCUGAUAUCUGGUUCGACUAUGAGAGAGGAAAAUACACACGAGAAGAGUGCUAUGCAAAAAUUGCAGAACGGUUCACCAUCAAGGUAGAUGAUAUGGCGUCAACUAUGACACAGGCACGGCAGAGUUUACGCAUCGAUGGGGAUAUGAUGUCGUUGAUUAAGCAGAUUAAACAGGAACACAAGGGCUUGAAAGUUCAUGGUAUGACCAAUACUCCGUCUGGUGAAGAGGAAAUUAUACACGCCAUCGCAAGAGAGUGGCCUGUAUUUGACCACACUUAUAUAUCUGGUACUGUUGGUAUGCGCAAACCAGAUACCUGCUUUUAUAAAUACGUCCUCGAAGAUAUAGGUCUAUCUGGUCAAGAGGGGAUGGCGAUAUUCGUGGAUGAUAGUCCAGAGAACAUUCUCUCUGCUCGAUCAUUCGGGAUACGGAGUAUUCUAUUCACCGGCUAUGAGCAGGUUCAUCGACAGCUACUCAACAUCCUCGGUGAUCCAAUUGAACGGGGAUAUGAUUUCCUCACUGCCAAUGCGAAGAAUAUGUACAGUCUAAUUGAGACUGGGGAGGUGAUACGGGAUAAUUUUGCGCAGUUGCUGAUACUCGAGCUGACAGAUAACAUGGAUCUGGUCGAUUUUCAGCCAGGUGAGAGGGCUUGGAAUUACUUUAUCGGAAAGCCUGUUCAUACAACUGAAUCCUUCCCCAACGACCUCGACACAACAUCCAUUGCUCUCUCCAUCCUCCCAAAAAACAAUUCCCUAAUCCACUCCAUCAUGGACGAAACGCUCACCUUGACCAAUCCAGAUGGAAUAUUCCUAACAUACUUCGACCCCUCCCGCCCCCGCAUCGACCCCGUCGUGUGUGUCAACAUCCUCACCCUCUUCUGCAAGCAUAACCGCCAUCACCAAGUCCUGCCAACCUUUCACUGGGUGCUCAGUAUCCUCCGCCACAGAGCGUAUCUGGAUGGAACACGGUACUACCCAUCUCCAGAUGCAUUUUUGUAUUUUCUCACGAGACUUGUGAGUGUCCUUAACAAUAAGGCGUUGAGAAGUGAGCUUCUUCCCUUGCUGAAAAUGCGUGUGAAUGAGCGGAUUGGAGCAGUUGGGGACGCUACUUCUCUUGCUAUAAGGGUUCACGCGUGUAAGAGCCUAGGGAUAGGUAAUGAAAGGGAUAUGGAGGCAUUGAAAAAGGCACAACUUGUUGAUGGAGGAUGGCCCGCGGGGUGUAUAUACCAGUUUGGAUCUUCUGGGUUGAAGAUUGGGAAUAGAGGGCUCAGUACGGCGUUUGCGGUCAGGGCUAUACAGACACCGGUUGAUAAUUCGGAUGAUGUUGGAUGGAGAACAAUUUUGAUAUUUCUGGUUUUGGGUUUGGGGGUUAUGUGGUUUUGUCACGGUCUGGGGUAUCUCUGUUGACUUUGUAGCAUUUUUCCUUGUCUUACUGAGAGGGCAAUAUGCUCUAUUGAGAAUAGAAAGUGUAUAAUGUAAGUAAGAAAUAUAUCAAAAGUUUUCAUGUACACUCUAAGCAAGAUAACCUCAUCCAAGUCUAUAAUAAGAAAAAC